AUGCGUGGGGACGUUUCUUCAAGACUCCCCCUUGGCACAAUAAACGUUAUUUUUGCUGCCCUAGGGAGGACUGGAUCUUGCCCUUCUAGGGUACUGUCAGUGUUCCAACCUCCGGCCGAGGAACAUUGCCAAGCGUCAAAAAGAGCCAGGGUGGACAUCCCCCUGAUUUUGGGUUUUUCGGAUGAGGACAAGGUUGGAACCAUACAGUUCCAUGAUGAUGCUCUAGUGGUCAUGAUGAGAAUUGGUGGGUACGAUGUAAAAAAAGUGAUGAUUGGUCAAGGUAGUGCUAUUGAUAUAAUGAACCCAGAUUUGUAUAAAGGGCUAGGUUUGAAGCCUGAGGACUUGGCAGCCUACAGUUCCCCUCGGGUGAGUUUUGAGGGAAGGAUGGUCGUUCCAAAAGGACAGAUCAGACUACCUGUGCAAACUGGUAUGGAUGUGGUGGAGGUGGACUUCAUUGUUGUAGAUGUUUUCUCUCCAUACACGGCCAUUAUGGGCAGACCCUGGCUUCAUACCCUGGGAGCAGUCUCAUCUACUCUACAUCAGAAGGUGAAGUACCCAUCUAGAGGCCAAGUAUUGGAGAUAGUAGGAAGCCAGGUUGCAGCUCGGUAG